AUGGGCAGGAUCCUGGACUCCGGGAUCGAGGACGGCGAUGUGUGCGACCACAACACCGCCAGGUUCAUCUCCGCCGUCGACAUCGCCGCCGCGCUGCCUCCGGGCUCGGCGAGAGUGUGCAUCAAGAUCACGGCGCUCUGCCCUAUCGCUUUGCUGGAGAAGACAAGCGACCUGCUUCGGUGGCAGAAGAAGCACCCGUCGUUCAAGCUACCAUGGAAGACGCACUUGUUCCUAAUCCUGUCGGACUCUAGCCCGCUCCACCUCACCACGUCAGAGCCGCCUGCGCUGACCGCGGAGGAGGAGAGGGAGCUGCAGCUAGCGCAUGAGCGGCUGCUAGCAUUGUGCGCGCUGUGCGUGGAGCAUGGCACCCCGCUGCUGGUGGACGUGGAGUACGUGAUGGUGCAGCCGGCCAUCGACUACUUCACCUUCGUGGGCGCGAUGGCGUUCAACGAUGCCGGCGCGGCGGACAGCGAGCGUCCCAUUGUGCACGGCACCAUCCAGGCAUACCUCCAUGACAUGCGGGACCGGCUGGAGGCCAUGGUGCGUGGCGUGGAGCGGGAGCGCAUGCAGCUGGGGCUCAAGGUCGUGCGCGGCACGUACCUGACCCGCGAGACCCGGCUCAUGGCGGCGCUCGGCGUGCCGUCACCCAUCCACGGCCAACUGGGGGCGGCGCGUGCUCAGGAGCUAGGGAUUCCCAAGGGAGACCGAAACCUACAGUUCACGCAGCUGAUGGGCAUGGCGGACGGGCUAUCGCUGAGCCUUCGCAACGCUGGGUUCCAGGUCAGCGAUUACCUGCCGUACGGGCCGGUGGAGCAGAUCAUCCCCUACCUCAUCAGGCGCGCCAAGGAGAACAAGGGCCUCCUCUCCACCUCCUCCUUUGACAGGCACCUGCUCCGGUACGGCCGGCCAUCAGGCAUCUAUCUGCUGCAAGAUACUCCCAUUGAUGUGAAUUGUGUGAUCUGA